AUGUCGUUGAGCGGAAAAGUUGUACUCAUUACCGGUGCCUCGAUAGGCAUCGGGGCAGCGAUAGCUGAUGCUCUGGCUGGUCAAGGAGCAAAGCUUGCCCUCAUCUCGCGGAGUGAGGACAAGCUUAAGGACCUGUCUCAACGACUCCAAUCGCAGCAUUCUGGCGUCCAAGUGAGGUACUAUGCACUAGACGUCGGAGACCAUGAGGCAGUCGACAGAGGCGUGACGGAAGCCGUCAAGGACCUGGGACAGAUCGAUAUCCUGGUGAACAAUGCCGGCCUGGCGCUCGGCACGCCAGCGCGCUUCCCGGAGCUCAAGAUCUCCGACAUCGUCACCAUGAACAACACCAACGUGAACGGCUACAUGUUCGCGGCGCACGCCGUCCUGAACCGUUCCAUGCUGGCCAGGGGCGAGGGCACCAUCCUCAACAUCACGUCCACCACGGCCCUGGAGGCCCCGCCCUUCCCCGGCGAGGCCGUCUACCACGCCAACAAGGCGCUGCAGGAGGCUUUCACCAACGCGCUGCGCAACGAGCUCAGCGAGACGAACAUCAGGGUGCUGGCCCUGCGGCCCGGCGUGGUGGCGACUCAUUUCCACACGCAGCGCGUCGGCUUCGACAAGGACAUGUAUGAGGGUUUCAUGAAGGGGUUCCAGCCACUCGUAGCCGAGGACGUGGCAGAAGCCGCCGUUUUCAUGUUGGGCCAGCCACUCAACCGCUCCAUCAAGGCCCUGGAUGUGGUGCCGUCAGCACAACGGUCCCUCUCCGUUUUCGACCGGAAGUGGAAUGAGCGCAACGGCCACCCAGAGCCGCAGAUGCAGGGAUGA